GCUGCAGGGCUUAGGUUUGCGGAGGAGGUGGCGCCAGUGUAUUGACGUGCUGUGCUUUGAGUGCUGCUGCAGGGAGCUGUGAGGGGGCCGGGCCCAGAUCGGAAGCCACGACAUGAAUGCAGUGACCUAUGAUGAUGUGCAUGUUGACUUCACUUGGGAAGAGUGGACAUUGCUGGAUCCUUCCCAGAGGAAUCUCUACAAAGAUGUGAUGCUGGACACCUACCACAGCCUCAGUAUCAUAGGAUACAGUUGGGAAGACCGUAAUAUUGAGGAACAUCGUCAAAGUUCUAGAAGAAAAGAAAGGACUGGAGGAAAUCAUCCUGGAGAGAAACCUUCUGUAUAUAGUCAAUGUACUAAAGCCUUUGCAUACGACAGACAUCUUCAGAGCCAUCAAAGCACACAUCCUGCCGAGAAACCCUAUGAAUGUAAUCAAUGUGGUAAAACUUUUGCACGAAAUUGGCCUCUUCAAAAUCAUAGAAGAACACAUACUGGAGAGAAACCCUAUGAAUGUAAUCACUGUGGUAAAACUUUUGCUCAUCCCAGUGCUCUUCAAGUGCAUAAAAGAACACAUACUGGGGAGAAACCCUAUCAAUGUAGUCAAUGCGGUAAAGCCUUUGCAUGGCCCAGUUAUCUUCAAAAACAUAAAAGAACACAUACUGGAGAGAAACCCUAUGAAUGCAAUCACUGUGGUAAAGCCUUUGCACUACGAGGUAAUCUUCAAAGGCAUAAAAGAACACACACUGGAAAAAAACCCUAUGAAUGUAAUCACUGUGGUAAAGCCUUUGCAUAUCAGGAAUGUCUUCAAAGGCAUAAAAGGACACACACUGGAGAGAAGCCCUAUCAAUGUUAUGAAUGUGGUAAAGCCUUUAUACGUCACAGUAGUCUUCAAACGCAUAAAAGAACACACACUGGAGAGAAGCCCUGUGAAUGGAAUCAGUCUGGUAAAGCCUUCACACAACAAGGUAAUCUUCAAAACCAUGAAACAACACAUACUGGAGAGAGACCAAAUAUAAUCAAUGUGGUUAAAGUCUUUGCAUUCCCAAUCAGGGCUUCCAGUCCUAACGGUCAGAACUGGUGCGAGGUUUUCCGGAAGCCGCGUUGCUGCUUGGAUUGCAAAGGAGCCGGCGCCAGUGUUUUCGCGUGCAGUGGUGCACGCGCUGAUGCCCGGAGCUGUGAGAGGACCAUGGGCGAGCAGGAAACCCCCGACAUGAAUGCAGUGACCUAUGAUGAUGUGCAUGUUGACUUCACUUGGGAAGAGUGGACAUUGCUGGAUCCUUCCCAGAGGAAUCUCUACAAAGAUGUGAUGCUGGACACCUACCACAGCCUCAGUAUCAUAGGAUACAGUUGGGAAGACCAUAAUAUUGAAGAACAUUUCCAAAGCUCUAGAAGACAUAAAAGGCCUGAAAUAAAUCAUACCGAAGAGAAACAUUCUGUGUAUAAUCAGUAUUUUAAAGCUUUUGCAUAUGACAAACAUCUGCAACGGACUGAAGGCACACUUCUUGGAGAGAAACCCUAUGAAGAUAAUCAAUGUGUUAAAGCCUUUGCUUUUAACAAACAUCUUCAAAGGCAUGAAAGCACACAUACUGAAGAGAAAACCUGUGGAUUUAAUCAAUGUGGGAAAUCCUUCGCUCAUGACAAUGCUCUUCAAAUACAUAAAAGAGCACAUCUUGGGGAGAAACCCUAUCAAUGUAAUCAGUGUGGUAAAGCCUUUGCUUAUCACAGUGCUCUCCAAAUACAUAUAAGAACACAUACUGGAGAGAAACCCUAUAAAUGCAAUCAGUGUGGCAAAGCUUUUACACAAAAAUGUCAUCUUCAGAAACAUGAAAGAACAUUUACCGGAGAGAAAACCUGUGAAUUUAAUCAAUGUGGGAAAUCCUUUGCUCGUGACAAUGCUCUUCAAAUACAUAAAAGAACGCAUCCUGGGGAGAAACCCUAUCAAUGUAAUCAAUGUGGAAAAUUCUUUGCUUAUCACAGUGCUCUUCAAAUACAUAAAAGAACACAUACUGGAGAGAAACCCUAUAAAUGCAGUCACUGUGGCAAAGCUUUUACACAAAAAUGUCAUCUUCAGAAACACGAAAGCACACAUACUGGAGAGAAAACCUGUGGACUUAAUCAAUGUGGGAAAUCCUUUGCUCAUGACAAUGCUCUUCAAAUACAUAAAAGAACGCAUCCUGGGGAGAAACCCUAUCAAUGUAAUCAAUGUGGUAAAUUCUUUGCUUAUCACAGUGCUCUUCAAGUACAUAAAAGAACACAUACCGGAGAGAAACCCUAUAAAUGCAAUCACUGUGACAAAGCUUUUACACAAAAAUGUCAUCUUCAGAACCAUGAAAGAACACAUACUGGAGAGAAACCAUAUGACUGUAAACAAUGUGGUAAAGCUUUUACACGAAAUUGGCAUCUUCAAAAUCAUAAAAGAACACAUACUGGAGAGAAACCCUAUCAAUGCAAUCAGUGUGGCAAAGCUUUUAUACAAAAAUAUCAUUUUCAAAAGCAUAAAAGAGCACAUACUGGAGAGAAACCUUAUGAAUGUAAUCAAUGUGGUAAAUCCUAUGUUAAUCCCAAUGUUCUUCAAAUACAUAAAAGAACACAUACUGGAGAGAAACCCUAUGAAUGUAAUCAAUGUGGUAAAGCCUUUGCAUGUCACUAUAAUCUCCAAGUACAUCAAAGAACACAUACUGGAGAGAAACCCUAUGAAUGUAAUCAAUGUGGUAAAGCCUUUGCUUAUCACAAUGCUCUUCAAAUGCAUAAAAGAACACAUACUGGAGAGAAACCAUAUGACUGUAAUCAAUGUGGUAAAGCUUUUGCACGAAAAUGUCAUCUUCAAAAUCAUAAAAGAACACAUACUGGAGAGAAACCCUAUCAAUGCAAUCAGUGUGGUAAGUCCUAUGCUUAUCACACUGCUCUUCAAAUUCAUAAAAGAACACAUACUGGAGAGAAACCAUAUGAAUGUAAUCAAUGUGAUAAGUCCUAUGCUUAUUACAAUGCUCUUCAAAUGCAUAAAAUAACACAUACUGGAGGGAAACUCUAUGAAUGUUAUCAGUGUGGUAAAAACUUUGCUCAUCAAAAUGCUCUUCAAAUGCAUAAAAGUACAUAUACUGGAGAAAAACCCUAUCCAUGUAAUCAGUGUGCUAAAGCCUUUACAUGUUGCAAGUAUCUUCAAAUACAUAAAAGAAUACAUACUGGAGAGAAACCCUAUGAAUGCAAUCAGUGUGGUAAAGCCUUUACAUAUAGCAAGUAUCUUCAAAUACAUAAAAGAACACAUACUGGAGAGAAACCUUAUGAAUGCAAUCAAUGUGGUAAAGCCUUUACACAACAAGGUAAUCUUCAAAUACAUAAAAGAACACAUACUGGAGAGAAGCCCUAUGUAUGUAAUCAUUGUGGUAAAGCCUUUGCUUAUUACACUGCUCUUCAAAUGCAUAGAAGACACAUACUGCAGAGAAACCCUAUCAAUGUAAUCAAUGUGAUAAAGCCUUUGUACAACACAGUAAUCUUCAUACACAUAGAGGAUAUACUGAAGAGAUAUCAUAGUAAUACAGUCCAGUGGUGAAGCCUUUGCACUCCACAGUUAACUUCAAAUGCUUACAAGAACAUACCGUACUGAAACCCUAUGACUAUAAUCAAUGUGGUAAGGCCUUUCCUCCCACAGUGCUCUUCAAGUGCAUGAAAGAGCACAUACUGGAGAGCCAUUGCAUUGAUAAGUAAUCUUCAAAAUCAUCAGGAAAAAGUUGUACCUCAGGGGAACCCUAAAAAUAUAGUGAGUGUAACAAUGUGUUUCACUUUAUAAAGCA